AUGACGCGCUCCUCUCCGCUGAAGAGCGAGCUUCUCUCCAGCCCCGACCGUGGAAAUCAUUUGAGCUUCCUUUUCGAAGAAAGAAACACAGAGCUCAGCCACCGAGACGCGCUUGCCGCGGCCCAGGCAGAACACCAACGAGUCAGAGAUGCAGCCCUCCGCGUGUACGAACUUCACGAGUUGCGAGAAGAGCACCAACGGAUUCUCGACCAGGGGCGCAGGGAGGAGGAGAGGCUCAAGGCCGAGGCUCGGGUGGCGGAGGAGGUGAAAAGGCUCCAGAUACUGAAGGCGAAGACGAUACCAAAGCCUGCGCCGCCGCCGCCGCCGCAGCCAGCACCGGCAGCCCCGAAACCAGUUGAGCGUGUCCAGCCUCCGGGAGCUGUAGCGAAACCUCCCGAGACGACGACGCCGGAUACGACGGCUCCCAAGUCGUCCGAGGUGAAGGCACAGCUCUUUGCUGCGACGCCAGUAGCGAACGGGUUUCCCUCGGCACCGCCCAAGCCAGCAUCGAACAAUGCCUUCCCUCCCACCGCCACGCCGGCCGCACCGUUUGGUUUGGCUGCUCCUAAACCUGCCGCUGCCGUGGUUCAGAAGCCAAAACCAGUGCAGGCACAAACCCAACCGGCACCUCCAUCAAAUACCACCAUCGAUCGAUACCGACAAAUACAUCAAGAACUAAAAACGCUGCGGAAAAACUUGACGGCGCAGUCCAAGGUCCCCGGGUCACCAUUGAAGGGCAAAAUGGGCACCUUCCGGAGAGAGAUCCGCGUCGCCAUCGGGCAGCUCACCGGUGGCAAAGGCGCAAAUGUCCAACCAGUCGGUCAUCCCCGGCGCUCCAUGCUGCCUUGUUGUGUUGCUGAUGGUUUGCAGACAAACAAAAUCAUGUCAAUUUUGCGAGAAUCGCUCGAGGGGAAAGUUCCUAGUCCGCCGAUCGACGUUUCCACUUUUGUUUUGGAGCCGCGUCAACCGGCGGAAGGGGCACUGUUCAACGACGCGACCAUGCCGGCGCUCUUCGUGUACCUCGUCAACAUUUGCGCCAAAGGCAUCAUCAGUCAGUUUAUCAACGAAGCCGGUGCGAAUCCGAAGGCUGCCGAUCCUAUCGGUGUCUUCGCGGCCCAGAUAUUCUCCCACAAGGACUUUCAAUGGCGUGGCCAGUCGCUGAUCGACAUCCUGCUGGCCAAGUACCGGGUCGCAUGCCCGGUGUUGUUUGGGUUCAGGGGCAACGACAAGACGGAGAGGGGCCGGCAGGCCAUCGGGUGGCGCAAGGAUGGGCCGACUUGGAUUACGGAGCAGAACCACAAUGACAGAAUGGCCGGUCUCGGCGCUGGAUUCGCAUCCAUCUCGCUACGGGACUUUAGCAAAUCCUCCAAGGUCAACCCCUAUCCACCCACGAACUACUGGAAGGCAUUCGCCGGCAUCGUCAACUCGCCGGCCAACGAGACUUCCAACACACAGUACGUCGUCUUGCGCACCAUGAUCGACGGUCACGAGCAGCGGUUCCUCAACUUUUUCGGCAACGCCGCCGCCGCCGCGCUGCGAAUGGCGCUGGUGGAAUUUCCCAGAAAGGCACCUCCAAACGCGUCUGCGGCCGGAUCGCUGCUCGCGCUGGCCGAGGUGCUGAAAUCGGAGAGCGGCUUAGUAUUCACUUGA